CAUGUCUGAAGAUCGGGAACAGGCUGUGUAUGGUCACCUCUACGUAAACUACAAACUUCUUUAAGUUUUCAGUGUUGCUGCCAUGCCUCCCAAAAAGUCCAUCAACAAAAGAAAGUCUUCAGCUGCUGUAGAAGAUCUUAAACUAUGCAAAAAAUUAAAAGUUUCACACAGGAGUCAUUGCAAGGAGGUGGGCCAAGUUCUAGUUUUGGGCCAGGGUGAUGUUGGGCAGUUGGGCCUAGGUGAGAGUAUCACUGAGAGGAAGAAGCCAGCCCUUGUGUCCCUACCAGAGAAAAUAGUGCAAGUGGUAGCAGGAGGCAUGCACACAGUGUGUCUCAGUGAAACAGGUCAAGUCUACACUUUUGGCUGCAACGAUGAGGGAGCUCUUGGACGGGACACGUCAGAAGAAGGAUCUGAGACGCUUCCUCAAAAGGUGACUCUGGACGAGAAGGUGGUCCAAGUGUCUGCCGGGGACAGCCACACAGCGGCACUCACAGAGGAUGGAUCAGUGUUUAUCUGGGGCUCCUUCAGGGACAACAAUGGAGUUAUUGGCCUCCUGGAGCCCAUGAAAACAUGUCUUGUUCCUGUUAAAAUUCCCCUCACAGAGCCUGUCAUGAAAAUAGCCUCAGGUAACGAUCACGUGGCACUGCUGACGCUGGAUGGGAAUCUGUACACGUCGGGCUGUGCAGAGCAGGGACAGCUGGGACGAGUGCCAGAGCAGUUUUCAAACAGAGGGGGCAGGAAAGGUCUCGAGCGACUGCUAGUGCCACAGAUGGUGAUCGUCAAAGGGAAAAUCCACUUCACUGAUGUGUUUUGUGGGGCAUAUUUUACAUUUGCUGUGUCUAAAGAAGGAUACGUGUAUGGAUUUGGCCUCUCGAACUAUCACCAGCUGGGAACUAAAAGCACCAAGAUGUGUUUUGUCCCUGUAAAGCUGACAUGUUUCAAGAACUCUACAACUGCCUGGGUGGAGUUUUCUGGAGGGCAGCAUCACACCAUCUGCCUAGAUGCUGAAGGCCAGGUUUACAGCAUUGGUAGAGCGGAGUACGGACGCCUUGGUCUGGGUCCAGGAGCUGAAGAGAAAAGCGAGCCCACACCUGUGAAGGGGAUAGAGCCGGCAAGAGGCGUAUCCUGUGGAGCUUCGGUCAGCUACGCAGUCGCCAGAGAGGGAUGUGUGUAUGCUUGGGGCAUGGGCACCAACCUGCAGCUUGGCACGGGGGAGGAGGAUGACGAGUGGAGCCCUGUGAAGAUGACGGGCAAACAGCUGGAGAACCGUGAAGUACUCAUGGCGUCCAGUGGAGGGCAGCACACAGUCUUACUGGUCAAGGACAAGCAGGAGAGCUGAUGACCCUCUCAGGCAGGAUGACGGGGAGUGUUUGACCGUUUUCAACGUGGGGCCUUGUUCAGGGUGCUCAGUUUUAAAUAGGCUGUUAAUCUAUAUUUGACUGGCUGUGCUGAGCCAAAACCUGGGGGGGUUCAGGGUAGAGGUCAGGUUUGAAAUAUUUUUAUGAAGAAUUACUUUCUUCUUAACUGGGGAGGAAGUUUGUUAGAUCAUGAAAAAGAUACAUUUUUAACAAUAAUUAUUAUUUUUUUUAUGUUUC